CUGGGAGAUCCGGAGGCAGGGAGGCAGCAGCAGCAGCAGCCGGCGGACUCAACCUUCAGUCGGUGCUCCGCUUCCAGCCGCCCGCAGCGGACUCACCGCGGACAGCACAGUGUUUGAUCGAGACAUGGACCCCAGCGGACCGCGUCUGUCGGUGUAGUCCGAAGGAGUCGUAGAUCGCCAGAGAACCAUGGAGCCCGAUGUGAUCCGGAUAUACUCGUCCUCGCCGCCGCCGAUGGAGGACGGCGCAGAGGAAGAGGAUGAAGACUUCGGAGACUUCGGCACCUUCUCCGGCGUCCCGAACAGCAUCAGCUUCACCGAGUUCGACACCCCGACCACCUUCAACCAGACCCAGGCUCUGACCGCCACCUCCCCACCGGAGCUCCUCGGCAGCAGAGGUCUGGUGGGCUUCGGCUCCUCCAAUGGCACCCUCGGUACUGAGCUGCCCAAAGCCAACGGCGUGGUGCCGGCGAGCCACCGGGGCGUCAGGAAGGGCCUCUCCAGCUCCCCCGAGCUCGCCAACUGCAACGGUGGAGAGGUGCUAACGAACGGCUUUGAUGUUCAGGGAAGCCCGUCCUCUCAGAAUUCUGUCCACUCACACAUAAAACUAACGUCCACUGAGGAUUCGGGCAGUGCUGCCAGCAGCCCGGAGGACAAUUUUGCAGACUUUGCUGCUUUUUCCAACGCCGAAGGACACGUCAGCCAGCCGGCGGACGAGGCCAUAACUGACCCGUCAGAGGACUGUACCGUACAGCAGGAAACGUCUUCACGGGACUAUGUCAGGGACACGAACAGAACCGAAUCCGAUCUCACUCAGAGUCCAGACAGAUCCUGCAACACAGACCGAGGAGGCUCCGACUCUCAAAGGGACGUUGCCCCUGCUCUGGAGGCGGUUUGCACUCUCCACCCUCUGGCUCUGAACGGACUGGACGGCGUAAACAGGGAUGGAUCCAAAGAGGGCUGCAGCGAUGCCGACCUGUCGCCCGCCGACCACAGCGAGGCGGGUCAGUCGGACGAGAAGAGCUCCGAGACGUCGCUGGGCCGGCCACUGUCCACCGACGCCCUGGAGGAGUACGAUGACGUGAGCACCACCGGCUCGGUGCCGUCGCCACCACUGCAGGGCGAACCGGCCACGCCCGCCGACCACAGCCAGCUGGCCGAAGACGACGAGGACUUUGGGGAGUUUGGAGACGCUGGCUCAUUCGGCGGGCAGGACUUCGCACACUUCGAGCAGCCGGAAGCGCAGCCGGACGAGAGCCGGUCGCAGAGUUCAGCCGUCGCCACCGGCAGCGAGCAGGACGACGACUUCGGGGACUUCAACUCCCCCAAGUUCCACAGCGACGGGAACCAGACGGAGGAUGGAGGAAGGUUCGCCAACUUACCCGUCAGCGACAGCUUCGGGAACUUCAGCUCGGCCGACGGUGGCGAGGCGGACGGCGGAUGGAGUGCCUUCGGGGAGCAGCAGGACGGAGAGUCGUGGGCGGCGUUCAGCUCCGAGCAGAACGUUAGUCCUGUAGGGGUUAGGAAGGAGGAGGAGGAAGAUCAAGAGGAGGAAGAGGAGGAGGAGUGGCAUGAAGGUGAAGCUGCUGCAGUCAGCGAGGAAACCAGCCGGACGGACAGACAGACGGUGUCGCUGUCCAGCCGCCUGGAGAAGCUGUUUCAGAGGAGCUUUCCUCAGACCGCCGCCCGGCCGCUGGACGACCAUGUGGUGUCUCUGAAGAUCCUGCUGGAGCCUCCGGAGGACGGACCUGGAGCCGAGAACGAGAGCAGGUCGCCACGGAGCCGGUCUGGUGGGCGUGGCAGCGUGUGGAUGCAGCUGCAGGACAUCCACGAGGCUCUGGGCCUCCGGUACCAGUGGGGCGGCUCGCACUGCAACAAGGCCCUGCUCUGCUGCCUGGGCAUCGACACCCGCAACAUACUGUUCACAGGACAGAAGAAGCAGCCGGUCAUCGUGCCGAUGUACGCCGCCGGCCUGGGGAUGCUGGAACCAACCAAAGAGCCGGUGAAGCCCGUUUCUGCAGCAGAGAUGAUCGCCUCCAUCGGACAGACGCCUCCAGCAGCUCCAGAGACAAGCUCUGGUUCCUCCGACUCAGUGCAGCAGGAGGCGCUCCCACCCGUCCAGUUCGACUGGAGCAGCAGUGGCCUUACCAACCCUCUGGACGCCAGCGGAGGCUCGUCUCUCUUAAACCUCGACUUCUUUGGUCCUGUGGAGGAUUCAGGCUCCAGCAGCUCCACCUCCAUUCCAGGUGUGGAUCCAGAGCUCUAUGAACUGACCACCUCCAAACUGGACUCCGGCAUCUCCGGCAGCCGGGUGGCCGACGCCUUCGCCCGCCUGAUGUCCACCAUGGAGAAGACCAGCACCUCCACCAGGAGGCCGAGGAAAGACGAGAACCUCAGUCAGGAGGCGUCUAAGGUGAUCUCUGCGCUGCCGGAUCUGUCCUUCAUGCAGGCCAAGGUCCUGAUGUUUCCCACCACGCUGACGCCACUCGGUUGCCAGGCGACGCCAGACUGAAGCCCUGCCCACUCUGUCCACAUGACCCCGCCCCUUUUACCUUUUCUGUCCGCUGCUCCUCCUCCUUUCACAUAUCGUUUUUAAAAUCAGAUUUUCAGUUUUUAUAAUUUUUGGACGCGAGGCGUCGAGCAGCUCGGUUCUAGAUCAGUGGUUCCUAAACAGAAGCUUAGAACAUCUGCUGUUCCCUCUAGAAGGUUUAGAACGUCAGCUGUUCUCUCUAGAAGAAGGUUUAGAACGUCAGCUGUUCUCUCAAGAAGAAAGCUUAGAACGUCAGCUGUUCUCUCUAGAAGAAGGUUUGGAACGUCAGCUGUUCUCUCUGGAAGAAGGUUUAGAACGUCAGCUGUUUUCUCUAUAAGAUUUAGAAUGUCAGCUGUUCUCUCAAGAAGGUUUAGACUGUCAGCUGUUCUCUCUAGAAUGGUUAGAACAUCAGCUGUUCUCACUAGAAGGUUUAGAAUGUCAGCUGUUGUCUUUAGAAUAAGGUUUAGAAUGUCAACUGUUCCCUCAAGAAGGUUUAGAACGUCAGCUCUUCUCUACAGAAGAAGGUUUAGAACGUCAGCUGUUCUCUCCAGAAGGUUUAGAAUGUCAGCUGUUCUCUCCAGAAGGUUUAGAAUGUCAGCUGUUCUCUUCAAAAGAAGGUUUAGAACGUCAGCUGUUCUCUCUAGAAGGUUUAGAACGUCAGCUGUUCCCUUUAGAAGAAGGUUUAGAACAUCAGCUGUUCCCUUUAGAAGAAGGUUUAGAACGUCAGCUGUCCCCUCGAGAAGGUUUAGAACGUCAGCUGUUCACUCGAGGAGGUUUAGAACGUCAGCUGUUCUCUUUAGAAGAAGGUUUAGAACAUCAGCUGUUCUCUCUAGAAGAAGGUUUAGAACAUCAGCUGUUCUCUCUAGAAGGUUUAGAAUGGCAGCUGUUCUCUCUAGAAGAAGGCUUAGAACCUCAGCUGUUCUCUCUGGAAGAAGGCUUAGACCGUCAGCUGUUCUCUCUGGAAUAAGGUUUAGAACGUCAGCUGUUCUCUUUAGAAGGUUUAGAACAUCAGCUGUUCUCUCUAGAAGGUUUAGAAUGUCAGCUGUUCUCUUCAGAAGGUUUAGAAUGUCAGCUGUUCUCUCUAGAAGGUUUAGAAUGGCAGCUGUUCUCUCUAGAAGAAGGCUUAGAACCUCAGCUGUUCUCUCUGGAAUAAGGUUUAGAACGUCAGCUGUUCUCUUUAGAAGGUUUAGAACGUCAGCUGUUCUCUCUAGAAGGUUUAGAAUGGCAGCUGUUCUCUCUAGAAGAAGGCUUAGAACCUCAGCUGUUCUCUCUCGAAGGAGGUUUAGAACGUCAGCUGUUCUCUUUAGAAGGUUUAGAACGUCAGCUGUUCUCUCUACAGGGUUUAGAACGUCAGCUGUUCUCUCUACAGGGUUUAGAACGUCAGCUGUUCUCUCUUGAAGAAGGUUUAGAACGUCAGCUGUUCUCUCUUGAAGAAGGUUUAGAACGUCAGCUGUUCUCUCUAGAAGGUUUAAAACAUCAGCUUUUCUCUCCAGUGGAUAAUUUGGAACACUGAUUGUUCUCUCUGGUAGAACCUUCAGAACGCUGAUUGUUCUCUCCAGUGGAACCUUGAGAACGCUGAUUGUUCUCUUUAGAUGAGUGUAAAUAAUCAGGGAUUCCAUGUUCUUUUCCCCGUUUGUUCCUGGAUGCGUUCUGCAGCUGACGUUCUGUGGUGCAAACGUUCUGGUCUCUAGAACAUCUCUCUGAAUCUGUUCAUGGACUCAAACCACACUGCCUGCAAAAUCCAGCUCUACGUUUUUAGGUUUUAACCAGAUUUUCUUUAACCUGCAGGUUCUGUUGUGUUCUUCUGUUUCUGUGAUCUAAUGCAGAUUUUUAAUGAGUUCUCCACAGUGUUUUAUUUGAAUCCCACCAGACUAACAGAUGGAAGUUUCCUCUGGUUGCUUCUCGUCUCACUGUUGCUUGUUUUGUUGUUUUUGGGCUAAAAACGGGACUUUGUUGCUGAAACCACUGACAGUUUGAGAGCAGUGAAGAAUUAAGGGACCAACUUGUGCUCGUGUGUUUGCUUUCUUUCUGUUUUUAUACGUUCUGCUCAUUCUGCUGUCGGUCGUCUCCCAGGAGGAUUUUGCACAUUGUAAAGAUGAAAUGGAUGUAAUCAUAGUUCACUGUGGCUUUAGACUGUGUACAGUUAAACUAUGGACUGUAAAAUGUACGGGAAAAUUCCUAUGGAAACAAACUGAAUCACUUGAAGAGCCUGUCAAAAGGUUAUCGUGCAUGCCCAGGUUCUUUUCAGACUAUAAGUGUGUAAAUUUUACUUUUAGUGUACACAAGAAAUUAAAAUAAUUUAAGAGAAAGA